UAUAGUUCACCGCGCGUCACUGAUAGAUUGUGUAUUGUGACACUGGAGACAAACUGUUUGUUCCUAUUGGGACGUGUUGACAAAGCCUCAGUUGUCUUCGCCCCCAAAACAUGUCUUGUUUGCUCCAAAUCCUCUGGCGGUUGUAAUGUCGGCUUUAAAAAGGAGCACGAGGCGGUCAUGUAUCGUGGGGGAGGGGGGGUGUCAGGAUGCUCCUGAACGGCACCGUCCCUCUGUCGGUUAAUUUCGUCACUCCGGGCGACUUUCUCAUCUUCAUCUUCCACAUCGUGUUCGCCACCAGCGCGGUGUCGGUGGCCGGCUCGGUGGUGGCGGGCAUCUCCUUCAGCCGCUGCCUGCGCGUCCAGAACCGCUUCAUCUUCAUGCUUAACACCAGCAUUAGCGACACCCUCACCGGCUUCUCGGUGUACUACCUGGGCCUCUUCGACGUCCAGGAGGGCUACCCGUCCAGGAACGGGACCUUCUACAUCCUGCCGUCCUUCCUGGGCGUCAACGUGCUGACCUUCCUCUUCGCCCAGUUCGACCGCUACCUGGCGGUGUGUCACCCCUUCUUCUACAACCGCUACAUCAGCAGGUCGCUGGUUCUCGGCGUGUGCGCCUUCUGCUGGAUCUACACCUACUCCAUCCUCACCGUCCAGAACAUGGUGCCCAUCUCCAAGGCGGCCCAGAUCAACGCCUUUGGCGUGAUGACGCUGCAGAUCAUCGUGCUCAUCAAGGUGCUGAUGACCGUCAAGCUGUACGUCAUCGCCAGGAACCACCUGGCCAGAGAGCCCCCCAGCGCCGAGAGGGACAACAAGAAGGAGUCGCUGCGAAUCAUCGUCUUCGUGGUCAUCUGCUUCCUGGCCCUCUGGUGCCCCUCCUUCGUCAACAUCAUCGUCAGGCAGCUCAGCAGGACUCACGGACUCCGGUUCAGGAACGAGGCCACCAACCUGUUCGCCAUCUUGGCGCGCCUCAACGCCCUCGUCACCCCGGCCUUGUACAUCUGGGGGAGUCCCGCACUGCGUGGGGCCGUGUGGAAGGUCGUGUGGCGCCGAGUGUGCCCCAGACGGAGGGCCAGAAUUGAUUUUAACCUCAACGGCGUGGGAACAAAAUGAUCAUCAAGGUGCUGGAGCCUUUUAGCCAUGGAGACCAGAUGCUGGGUCUCUGCCACACCAGAGUCCGUUUGAAGAGACUGGAGGAGAUGCGGGUGAAGAAACAGGGCUGCGGAGCUGGCGCUGAGCGCUGGGACAGACCAACUUCACAGUGUCUUGGCUGAAUGAGUAGGUAUCGGACGCCUCGGUCUCCUUGGACGCAUCCUCGCUCAUCCAUGUGGACUGGACACUGGCCGAGAGUUAGUGGGCGGCUGAGGGUGGAGUCGGCUCUCUUGGUUGCUUUGUUGGGUCUGCUCCUGUAUCUGGCCAUGCUCCUCCCACCCCAGCAGACGAUGGCGUGCAACACCGCAGAGGCCACCACAGUAUAUAUGUUUGUUUUGUUUUUUUUUACUUUUGUAGCUGUGUGUAGAAAUGGAUGGUUGCAUUGGCUCUGCUCUUUUAAUGUCUUUAAUGUCCUUUGUGUUCUUUGAUGUUUGAUAUUUCCCUCUUACACACAUGCUUAUGUGUGCUAUGGCUACAAGGUUUUCCCCCUUGGCCUCAGUCUGGACCCCCUCUCCAGGGGCCCAGGUUUAUACUGAACUUUUUUCUCUCUGUUUAUAUAAAUGGUUGAUUUAUAUAGGCUAGUAAGGUAAAGUUUUGUACCUGACAAGUUUCGGCUAUCUUAUAUAUAUAUAAAUCAACCAUUUAUAAAUACACAUUAGUAGGCUAAAUGAACCUCUUUAACAUACUUGUUUUUCUCUGCAUGGUAAAAAUCGCUCUUUGGCACACGGACCAUUGACACAUUUUCACUUUGGCCCUUAGGAGGCAAAACGUUUGGGCAACCCUGAUCUGUACGGCAUCACUGGAUAGCGAUAUUUUUGCUUUGUCCUUGUAUUUGCAAAGCUUAUUUUUCACUUGCUCAAACCUGCAAUGAACUGUAAAAUAAGUAAGAAGUUGUUUUUCAAAUCAACUACAGUACAUUUUCAUUUAUUAUGUGCUCUUCCUAGUUUGUAGUAAUACUGUAUAUUGUGCACUAUGGGUGGAUGCCGACAUUUUUUUGUGACAUGUCACUAUGUGAUAGAAGCAACACAUAAAAAGUUGUGUGUUUUGUACAUUAAGACCAAAAGACCUAGUGAGUGAAUGGCUGCACAGUACGUCUAACUCGAAGCUGUAGGCUGAUUAUGUUUUGUACUCUCAUAUAAUGUUUGUAUAAUAACCUACAUAAAUGCAAAUGACUGGCCAAGAAAAGCAAUGUUUAUUAAA